CUGCAGACAGAAUCACAAAUCGACCACGUUCUGAUUGAUGUAGUAGACCUGGUGGCCAAAAUGAAAGCUGGCCACUGUUAUGUGUUCAUCACGGACACUAUCUAUCAGAGGGUACUGACAGAUCGACUCUUUCUGGAAAUCCGAAUAAACCCGCGUUACGUAGUCAUAAUACCAGAUGAUGAAGAUACGCUCGACCCAAGUGCACGUGUUCGAUGUAUGCUCGAGGAAGUUCGGAAAAUUGGCUGCGGAGCUUACGUAAUGUUGCUCGCCAAUGGCAUUCAAAUGGAACGACUACUACGGUUUGGGGAUAGAACAAGGAUAAUCAAUACCCGCGCAAAGUUCAUCAUUCUUCACGAUUAUCGCCUGUUCGUGCCUGACCUGCAUUUUCUUUGGAAACGAAUAGUCAAUGUCGUGUUCGUUCGAGAGCUGGUGAUUGACAGGUCGAAAAGCAUGGAAACUAGCCAUCAUUAUGAAUUAAGCACCGUCCCGUUUCCAUUUCCUCUCAGGGGAGUGUUUAUUUCACGACGACUUGAUUUUUGGUAUGAUGGAAAAUUUAGGAAAGGUCGAAAACUGUUCACAGAUAAGACGAGCAACUUGGACGGACAAUCGAUGAAGGUUGUAGUGCUUGCUCAUACGCCUGCAAUAUUCCGAACUACCCACAAUGAAACGGAUCAGCACCUGAAAUACUACGGCUUGGAAAUAGAGUUACUCAAAGCGGUUUCCGACGCAAUGAAGUUCAAAAUGAAUUUUUAUGAAACGGCAGAUGCGGCCAUUGCAAUGUGGGGAACGGUAACGGAUGGCGAGAAUGCCACAGGACUACUUGGCGAAAUGAAUGAAGGACGCGCUGAUUUUGCCUUGGCCGAUCUGCACUACACGCAGUAUCAUUUAGAAAUCAUGGACCUGAGUAUUCCUUACAACACCGAGUGUCUGACGUUUCUAACUCCGGAAGCCCUAACGGACAACUCUUGGACGACAUUGAUUCUGCCGUUCACCGGAGGUAUGUGGGCCGGUGUCCUAGCGUCGCUGUUUUCCAUUGGAUCUGUUUUCUAUGCCCUUUCGAGACUACUCAUGUAUGUGCGCCAUGAGAAGUCCUACCAGACUCUUCCAUGGAAGGAUCCACUGCCACCACGUGACAUAUUUGAUACUUUCUCCGGUUGUAUCAUUUAUACGUACAGCAUGCUGCUGCUAGUUUCGUUGCCUAGACUUCCAAAAGGUUGGCCAUUGCGUCUUCUCACUGGUUGGUAUUGGAUCUAUUGCAUUUUGCUAGUAGUUGCAUAUCGAGCAUCGUUGACUGCCAUUUUAGCUAAUCCUGUAGCUAGAGUUACUAUCGACAAACUAAAGGACCUCGCCGAAAGUCCCAUUCGGUGUGGGGCUUGGGGAGAACAGAACAUACUAUUCUUCCAAACUGCUUCAGACCAAGUAUCGAUGCAAAUUGGAGAGAAGCUUGAACAUACGCCAAUAGUGGAAACUGCAGUAGAACGAGUGGUGCAAGGCCAUUUCGCAUAUUACGACAACGUUUACACUUUGAAACAGCUUCGAGCAACACAGAAAUCAACAAAAGCUCACGAAACAUUGCAUAUCAUGGAGGAAUGUGCCGUCCAUAUGCCGAUAUCGAUUGGGAUGGAGAAGAACUCCCCGCUGAAACCAAAGGUGGACAAGUACGUGCGGGCGCUAGUGGAAGCUGGACUAACCAAAAAAUGGCUCUCGGAUGCCAUAGAGGAAUUCCAAUCCAAUGUAGAGUUACCUCCGCAAGAAGCUACAAUGGAUUUACACAAACUAACGGCUGCUUUCAUAGCACUUGCAAUCGGCUACGGGGUAUCGUUGCUAGCUUUCAGCACAGAAAAACUGUACUGGCGUUGCGUGAUUGAAAAGCAUCCUGCCUAUGAUAAAUAUAUCGUUGGAUCGUACCGUGGACAAGUUGUAAGAGAUUGA